ACAUGCAUACCUGUGUCAGUGUGCCAAGUACUCAAUUUCUAAUACACAUUUACUUUUUAUCUUUGAAAAAGAGGGACAAUGGAAUAUCCUUUCUUUGUACUGAAUGAACGGUUCCAGCUAUAGACCUCUGUGGAUCAAAGUAGAAAACCCGUGGCUGUGCUGGCCUAGUCCAAAUAAUCAUGACGUCUGGACAAGAGAAAUCUGAGAACAAAUUUAUCAAUGAAAAUGGACGAUACAAAAACAUACCAAGAAAAAGAAGAUGAAAUUCAAACUCCUAGCUUAGAUAUUUGUUUUGAUACAUCUGUCCUUGAAAAUGGUGUUUUUACCAACGACAACCAUGUUUACACAUGUACAUGUUCGUACUGUGAUAUUUGUCGAAACAUAUUUGAGAAUAAAGAUGAUUUGUAUGGGCACGUGUUGAUCAAUCAUGGUAAUGAACUUAAACGAUUAGUCCUAGAUUCUAAAAUGGAAUUGGCGCUACAAUACCCUUGUUGCCAUUGUGGUGAAAUGUUUGCCACUAUAGCUGGAAAAGACUGGCAUAUAAGAUGGACUCAUGUCCCACUAGUAACUUGUAGUUAUUGUAAUACAAAGUACACAUCUGAAUGCGGAUUGAUUAAACACAUUGACAAAUAUCAUAAGGACAUACCGAAAAGGAAAAACAAAGCCGAUAACAACAGAAUGAUGUCUUGUCACUAUUGUGGAAUUCAAUUUACCUCUUUAUUAAAAGUGAAAAAUCAUAUACAGGAGACUCAUACUGAAAGUUUAUUACAAUGUUAUUAUUGUGACAAAAAAGUCAAUAACCUAGGAACGUUAUACGUACAUAUAAGAAUUGAGCAUGCAGAUCACAUUAAUGAUUUUAAAAUUAUAAAACUGAAGAUUAAGGAGCACAUGAGAAUGUCGUCUGGUGGUACUUCUUCAAACAGUCAUACUAAUAUGUCUACAAGCAAUUACAACUAUCAGGAUGGCAGUACCAUUGAUGGCAAUAAUAACACAAUGGCUAUACCAUGUCAGUCGUGUGAAUUUUGUGAAAGGAAAUUCAACACAGAUGAUUUAUUGUAUAGUCAUAUUUUUAGCAGACAUCAGGACAAGGUUAGACGUUUGUUUUUGGAGUCGAAUGAACAUCUAAAAAUACAUUAUAUCGCACAACAAGGGUUAGACAAAUAUAUUCACCACCCGAACUGUAUUUAUUUGAAACUAAGCAUUAUUGAUGAACCGCAGUGGGGAACAGUAGAUUUUGACCUUCCUUCAUGUCAAUAUUGUGGAGAAAGUUUUGUUUCAUUGUCUGAACUACAAACUCACACGUGUAUUCGAAAGAAGUAUAUAAAGACAGAAUAUCAGGAAUCAUGCAGUAACGAAACAUUCCCAAGCACAUAUGGACUGGAAUCUCAUGGUAAAGUAUUAGGAAAGGAUGGCUGUAAGAAUUUGAAUUUUCCACCCAAAAUAGAAGGUGGAGAUGGCUGCCAUAGAAUGCUGGUAAAAGAAGAGCCACCUGAGUGCUGCCUUCCAUACCAUAUAGAUAAUCAGUAAUACGCCAGCUUUUAACAUAGAGAAACAGUUUCUGAAACUGUAACUGUGAUUUUUGGGGAGCAGGAGUACGUCAAGUAAAGUAAAGGAUUUCUAGAAUGACAACAGAACAGUAAAAACGUCAGGGAUCGGAGAUCCCCAGUACAUUUUUAUCAGUAAAGAAAGAAAUAAACGAUUUUAGGAUAUAUAUAUUUUUAAAGUAACUUUGAGAUUGUCAAGCAACAUGACGGUGAUGUGUUAAUGGGUAACAUCGAAUAAAUACAUGUAAUCACAAACAAGGACAACGAUAGCAAAGAAUGGUCGGUUUUAUCUGAAUAAACAACAACAAAAUUUGGUCACCAAAUAAAAUGAGAUAUUUUA